AUGCAAGGAGACCACGAUGUCCGUAUAUCUUACUGGAAGGCUUGGCGUUCAAGGGAAAUUGCUUUGGAAUAUGCCAAAGGAAACUCAAGAGGCUCUUACAAUCUACUUCCUGAUUACCUCCGUAAACUAGCACAAGCAAACCCUGGAACCUUAGCCGAGAUAGAAACUGAAUACAAGGACAAUAUAGGAAACAGGUUUAAAUACUUGUUUCUAGCUAUGGGUGCUUCUAUUAUGGGAUUUGAGUACAUGAGAAAAGUUGUAGUUGUCGAUGGAACCCAUUUGAGAGGAAAAUAUGUUGGGUGUCUUCUAACUGCAUCUGCCCAAGACGGCAAUUACCAAGUGUUUCCACUAGCCAUUGCUAUCAUCGACAGAGAAAAUGAUAACUCGUGGGAGUACGGCAAUUACCAAGUGUUUCCACUAGCCAUUGCUAUCGUCGACGGAGAAAACGAUAACUCGUGGGAGUCGUUCUUCAAAAUGUUACAAGCAUUUGUUCCAAAUUCAAACGAUGUAGUGUUUGUAUCUGAUAGACAUGCAUCCAUCUAUUACGGAUUGGCCAAGGUUUAUCCUGAAGCGAGACACUGUGCAUGCAUUCUUCAUUUAAAGAGAAAUAUCAGGACUUAUUACAAGGAUAAGAAUCUACGAUUCUUGGUUGCAAAGGCUGGAAAGGCAUAUAGGUUGGCUGACUUCUACAAGAUUUUCAAUGAGAUAAAACGUGUCAAUGCCUCUUGUGCAGAUUAUCUAAUUGGAAUUGGAUUUGAGCAUUGGGCGCGUUCCCAUUUCCCCGGACGUCGUUACAAUAUUAUGACAAGUAAAGUUUCGGAAUCAUGGAAUGCAGUGCUUCGUGAAGCCAGAGAAUACCCUAUAUUGGCUCUUGUAGAAUUUAUCAGAGCAAAGCUAAUGUCUUGGUUUUCUGCUUCAACAAUCUCAACAAAUUUAGACAAAUUCACACCGAAAGUAAUGGAAAUUCUCGCUGUUAAUUUCAAGUCUUCGGCAGGUUUUGAAGUGAAGAAGAUAAAACACUUGGAGUAUGAAGUACGGAACAAGGAAGGGUAUUCAUUCCACGUCGACAUUUCCAAACGUUUUUGUAGUUGUUUUGAGUUUCAACUCCUCAAAAUUCCUUGUCAACAUGCAAUAGCAGCAGCCAUCGUAGCCAAGAUAAAAUUUGAUUCAUUGGUAGCUGAAGAGUAA